AUGGCCAAUCAGCUCCUCGCGCUUCAGCUCACGCUGCUCGUUAUAAUCACAAACUACGCCUCCUCCGCCGCCGCCGUCGCCGCGCCCGCCCCUCCCCCCCCCGCCAUUUCGUCCUUCUUCCCGUUCUCCAUCUCCGUGGGGUCGAUUGAAGGCGGAAAGCUCUUUUUCGGCGGCACGGAAACGUUGAAGCCGGGAGCACCGAAAGUGGCGGCGACUUGCAGCGCUUCGAGCCUCAGCGGCUACACGUCGUCGAAAACGCUGAAGGCGGGGUAUGUUUGUGUCGUCUUUGAGACGUCUCAAAAGGGCCUCGUCCUGCACUGGAAGGCCACAACGGGGACCACCGUCGACAUGGCUUUACAAGCCACGUCAGCAGGCGCGUCGGGCGGGUGGUUCGCGGUGGGGUGGUCGCCGGGGGGGAAGAUGUACCCCGCGGACAGCGUGAUCGCGCACAAGGCGGGCGCGGACAUUGGCGCGUACACCAUAACGGGCUACGACAGCUCCAACGUCGUCGCCACGACCGCCUUCUCGCUCGGCUCGCCCGCGUAUUCCGCCGGACUUGCCACCUUCUCCCGCACGGUGGGGACGGGCAGCAAGGUGACGUUCGUGAACGGACCCAUGAAGACCAUCUGGGGCUACUCCGAUGGAGCCACCACCUCAUUCGACGGCCACGGGGGCAACCGCGGCAGCACCACCAUCGAUUUCUCCUGCAACGGGACCCCCGUUGCCACGCCCUCCCCUCCCCCCGCCUCCGCCAACCCCUCCCCCCCGCCUCCCCCCGCUGCCUCCGCCUCCCCGCCUCCCCCUGCCUCCUCCGCCUCCCCUCCCCCCCCCACCGCCACGCCGUCACCCCCCCCUGCGCCGCCGGCUGCGGGAGUGGCGUGCCCGGCGUCGGCUCUGGAAGGGUUUGACUACCAAGUGGAGCUUGGCGGGCCGCUCAUGCUUCUGCACUGGACCUUCAGCACCAGCACCACCAUCAAAUUCUCCAUAGAAGCACAAGGCGCCACUAUAGCCAAGGACGGCUGGAUAGCCGUUGGAUGGUCAGGCAGAAAGGGCAAGAUGAAGGGCUCAGAUGCGGUCAUCGGGAACCUGCCUGGCGUGGCUGCGGUGCACAUGAGUGGAUACAGCAAGAAGCUUAUAAAGCAAACGAGUGCGUUCACUAUCGGGGAUACUGCUGUCGCUACCACCUCUGAAGGCGGCACCACCAUCACGUUCACCAGGGAGGUGGGCAAGGGAGCGGUACCAAUCAAGCUCAACGCCACCAACUACCUCAUCUAUGCCUUCAGUACCACAGCCUCCACCACCCUCGCCUUCCAUGGCUGGAACCAGGGCGGCCUUGCGGUGGACUUCUCGUGUUUCAAGAAGCCCUCAGCCCUGUGGGGUGGCGGGCCGGACUACAGCGAUGACUCGGAUUAUGACAGCUCGUUCCGCAGUGCACGCGCUGCAAGCAUGGAUGGCACUAGUACAAGCACUGCAGGCACCUCCUCUGCUGACUCAGCAAUGGGCCGGGCUUUAAGCAGCGGUCGGCGAAACCGGUUGCACCAGCAGACGGGCUUGGGGCAUCAGCACCAUGAGAGCGCUGUUGGUACCGCUGCUGGUGAUGGUGCUGUUGGCACUGGGGUCGGCAUGACAAAUGCUGACUGGUUCAUUCUCCACUGGAAGGUCACAACAGGCACCACAGUGAACAUGGCUCUGGAGGCCCAGACACCCGCGGUCUCUGGCGGGUGGUUCGCCGUGGGCUGGUCGGCAACCGGAGCAAUGUACCCCGCUAACGCCGUCAUUGUCAACACUGAAGACUACGGUGAUAUUGGCCCGUAUAAAAUGGAGCACGACUCACCGACGGCUUUCAUCCCCUUUGCAAACUUCCUGCUGGGUUCCGCCACCUACACCAGGCCUGCUUCCACGUACCCUGGCGGCGCUACCACGCUUGCCGGCAGCGGCGUUGCCACUUUCCGCACAACGGGCACGGGCAGAAAACGCCGCUCAACUUCCCCUCUCUUCCCAUAUUUCCCUUUCCUCCUCCCCACCUCUCUCUUCCAUCCCCUUUCCAGCUUCUCCCGCACGGUGGGCACGGGCGACAAGAUCAACUUCGUCAACGGACCCAUGAAGACCAUCUGGGCCUACUCCGAUGGCCAAUCAGGCUCCUUCAACGCCGGCCAUGCCGCCCAACGUGGCGUCGUCACAAUCGACUACAAAUGCGACCCCAACGCCGCCAACCCCCCGCCGCCCGCCCCUUCCGUCAAACUUCCUCCUCCCACCCCUUCCACUGCCAAACCCCCGCCUUCCCAUGCGUCCACCAAACCCUCCCCCCCGCCACCUGUCGCCCGCGCCUCGCCGCCCCCCCCGCCGUCUUCCAAGCCCAAGCCGUCUCCUCCUCCUCCUGUGUCACCCCCUGCUGGAGGCAUGGCGUGUGCCAAGUCAUCACUUGCUGGGUUCUCGUACCAAGUGGCUUUGAAUGGACCCCUAGUCCUCCUCCAUUGGACCUUUGCCACGAAGAGAGUCAUCAGAUUCGCCAUUGAGGCUUGCAAGGGCGCUCUUGCCAAGGGAGGCUGGAUAGCCGUUGGAUGGUCACGAAAUAAGGGCAAGAUGAAGGGCUCAGAUGCAGUUGUUGGGAAUCUGCUUGUCGUGGUGGCAGUGCAUUUGGGUGGAUACCGCAAGAACCUUGUAAAGAAGACAAAAGCAUUUAAUAUUGGUUCUCCUCGGGUUGCUGCUACUGCAAAAGGCAGCACGGCAAUCACAUUCGCCAAGAAGGUGGGCACGGGGAAUGUACCAAUCAAGCUCAACGCCACCAACUACCUCAUCCGGGCUUUAAGCAGCAGCACCACCAAAACCUUUGCCUUCCAUGGAAACAACCACUAA